AUGUUCCGCAUAAUCUGCAAGGCCUUUGACGUUGGGGAUAUUGCCAUCUCAUGGCUGAUAUGUAAGCUUCACCUUCAACACAUCCCCAUCCUCAUCUCGAUACAGAUAUGCAAGCUGCGCAGUGGGAAAAGUGCAAGCCACCGCCUCUUAAUCGCUGUCAAGAAUGCCAUCGCCAGCUUCUCGUGGCUGACAUGUAAGCUGGGUGUGGCCAUGUCUGCGGAUAAUCCGCCUCCUGCUCCUGUGGAGGACGGCUCCGCUGGCCUCUCAGAUUUCCUCACUGGCAUGCUCUUCAUUCUCCCCUUGCUGGCAGCUUAUUUCAUGGUGUUCAUCAUCAUGAUGGUUGGGGAUCGAUGUAACUCAGAUGCCAACUUCAAGUCAGGACUAUCUUGCCGCAAAUGGACUGGAACUGGAUGCACCGGUAAAAGAUGUGUCCAGACAACAGUCGCUAGCCCGUUCGACACAGUUGACAACUCACUGCCAUUCAACAAGUAUGCGUUCCUCACGACGCACAACUCAUUCUCAAUAACAGAUAUCCCAACCUUCACAUUGUUCAACCAGGAAGAUUCGGUCACCGAUCAACUGAAUAAUGUCGUUAGAGCACUGAUGCUGGAUCUAUAUGACUUCCGGGAAGACAUAUGGUUGUGCCAUUCAUACGGAGGAACGUGCAAGGACGCCACCGCCUUUGAGCCCGCCAUAGGUAUCAUGAGAGAAAUAGAGGCCUUUCUUGUAAUGAACACAUCAGAGGUGGUGACACUCAUCCUCGAGGACUAUGUCAAGUCUCACCGUGGCCUCUCCAAGUUGUUUAUCAAGACAGGCCUCACAAAGUACUGGUUUCCGGUAUCGAGGAUGCCACGGAACGGGGAGGACUGGCCCCGUGUCAGUGACAUGAUCAGGCUGAACCGGCGUCUCCUUGUCUUCACCUCAAACCGAUUCAAGGAGUCAAGUGAAGGAAUUGCAUACCAAUGGAACUAUAUGGUCGAAAACAUGUAUGGUGACGUCGGAAUGGACUCUCGUGUCUGCCGCAAUCGCUCGGAAUCGGCUGUCCUAAGCGACAGAAGUAAAUCAUUGGUUCUUGUGAACUAUUUCCGCUCGCGGCCGGUCCAAGGGACAACAUGUAUGGAGCACUCGCGAGGGCUCGUGGAGGUGCUCCACACAUGCCACACUGCUGCCGGCAACCGUUGGGCUAACUUCUUGGCUGUGGAUUACUACAAGAGAAGCAAUGGUGGGGGCGUCUUCCAAGCUGUGGACAUGCUCAAUGGGAUGCUAAUCUGCGGCCACGAUGAUGUGCAUGCUUGCGGCGGGUGGACAAGUCCACCCUUGUUCUUGUUUCGUUUCCUUCGUGGCUUGUUCUUGAAGCCUGCUGCCUACUUGUGGCAGGCUGUUCUCUUGUAG